GAGAAGAGAAGAGAAAGGUGAAGGGAAAGGGGAAAGGAGGAGAAGGAGGAUGUGAGAUUGAUUGAUUCUCCUUUCCCUUAUAGUUUACUUACUUACAUCGGGAAGACGGUGUGUGUGUGUGUGUGUGUUUGCUUGCUUGCAUGCAUUGUGGGGGGUACCCAGAUCAUGCUUCAGGGAGGUUUGGAGUGCGCCCAAUGGAGCCCUUGACGUUGGCCGUGGCAGAUCUGGACCCCGAUCUGCUUCAACUCCCUGCGGAUUUCACCCCCUUUGCUUCUCCUUCAUCGUCAUCGCCUGCUUCUGUGGGAGUUAGCAACAAGCUUGGAGGUGUUUGUAGGUUGCACUUGGAGGAGCUUUACGCGCAAUGGAUUUCGCUGCCCGACACGCAGCGUCUGGUUACGAAUUUGUUGGAAGAAGCAAAAGGAGGAGCUGGACACCCAAAUGUUGGCCUAUCACUUUUGCCAGGUCAUCUAUCUGGAGCCGCAGGAAGCACUCCCCCGUUGUCUCCUCGGAGCUCUGGUUCACCAAUGUCUCCCAGGUCGCCUUUCAGCAGACGUAUGGGAACUAGCCACCUCAUGCGGGACUCUCCGUUGAAGAAAAGUAGCGAACCUGUGCGAGAGAUCAUACCCCAGUUCUAUUUUCCGAAUGGGCCCCCGCCAUCGAAGGAUACCAUUGAGUCGUGCAUGGCUCGCGUAAACCAAAUAUUCGGAGCUCAUCCAGAAGGUUUACCUGCAUCAGCAUUUGCAACCAUUACUAAGGAUGUAUGCAAACUACCGUCCUUCUUCUCCAUGGCUUUAUUCAAAAAGAUUGACAUCAAUAAUACAGGCUUGGUUACAAGGGACAAGUUCGUAGAAUACUGGGUGGACCAAAACAUGCUGGCCAUGGACACUGCAACUCGCGUCUUCACUGUGUUGAAGCAACCCGACAAGAAUUUUCUGAGACAGGAAGAUUUUAGGCCCGUUUUACGAGAAUUGUUGUUGACGCAUCGCGGUUUGGAAUUUCUCCAUGACACCCCGGAGUUUCAAGACAGAUAUGCUGAAACUGUAAUAUACAGAAUAUUCUACCAUGUAAAUAGAGCUGGGAAUGGUCGGCUACAACUUAGAGAGUUAAAGCGGAGUAAUUUAAUUGCUGCUCUUCAGCAAGUGGAUGAAGAGGAAGACAUCAACAAAGUGUUACGUUACUUCUCAUAUGAACAUUUUUAUGUCAUAUAUUGCAAGUUCUGGGAGCUGGAUUCAGAUCACGAUUUUUUAAUAGACAAAGAUGAUCUCCUUCGAUAUGGAAAUCAUGCUCUCACCUACCGAAUCGUAGAGCGUAUCUUUUCCCAGGUUCCAAGAAAGUUCACCAGCAAAGUAGCUGGAAAGAUGGGUUAUGAAGACUUCGUAUGGUUUAUUCUUUCAGAAGAGGACAAGUCUUCCGAACCCAGCUUAGAGUACUGGUUCAAGUGUGUAGACCUGGAUUGUGACGGGAUGAUUAUACUAAAUGAGAUGCAAUAUUUUUACGAGGAGCAACUUCAUCGGAUGGAGUGCAUGGCUCAGGAGCCUGUUCUUUUUGAGGAUAUCGUUUGUCAAAUGACAGAUAUGAUCGGACCUGCUAAUGAAGGACGGUUGACACUUCGGGACUUAAAGCGAUGCAAAUUAUCUGGAAACUUCUUCAAUAUCCUUUUUAACCUCAACAAAUUCGUAGCUUUUGAGACUCGUGAUCCUUUCCUUAUUCGUCAGGAGAGAGAGGACCCGUCAUUAACUGAGUGGGAUCGAUUUGCACACAUUGAGUACAUCCGACUUUCAAUGGAAGAAGAUGGCGAGGAUGCCUCCAACGGCAGUGCUGAAGUCUGGGAUGAGCCUGGUUACGAAGCCCCCUUUUAACCUUCUGUUGUCCCUCAAGAUCCAGGCAUUUGAAUCAUCAGAGCAGAGACGGACGGCACGAAGAAUUGCCUGCUGGACUUUUAAGAAAACUGGUCUGUGCAACCCUUUAAAGGUUGUCCAUUUAUAUCGUAAAGCAUCUUGUUUGAGUGAGCAUCCUGCCUAGGGGGACCCUGUCUCUACUUUAAAAUCAGACAAUGCAUGUGACAUUUGUACAGUUCACAAAUGGCAGCAUUUAUCUAUUUAGGAAGUCCUUCAACAUUAUAUCUUUCAGGUCUCCAGCUCGCCAUUUACGGGUGCUACUGUAACUCGAGUCCUUGUGCAAGAAUCAUGAAGAAUACUGAGCAUGGCGACGUCCAAAACUUCGAGACAACGUCAAAGAACUACUUGACCGGUCUCUCAACAAGUUCUGUUACUUAAGUGCACAGCACUGGGGUAGCCCUCUUGCUUUCAAAAUCACUGUGUGUGACACUGUAGCUACUACUUCAGGGAAAUUGAUGUUGGGCAUUCUAGGCCUUCUGAGCUUUUUUUGCAGGUCUUUUUGAUGGUCUCCGUCACGUUAUUUGUUUAGGAAUGAAGCAGCCUGCCCAGGAUAGUGAUGUAGACAUGGUCCCGUUUCUGAUCUUCUCAAUCAGGCUUAACCAUGCAGUAAUUAAGCAGGUAGGCACAGUGUGCUCAACACGUAAUCCCCUUCCCACACUAGUCUUCUCUGUAGACUCUUUAUUUCAGCUUUUGAUCCGGAACUUAAAGCUUUUGACUGGUUCAGCCCGAGGCUGGUAGCCUAAUUCCAGACAGUGAACUGUUUUCUCUGCACCUCUCAUUGUUGAACUUUCUCUAAUAGAUUCUAGCUCAAGCUUGUCAUUACUCGUCG